AACAUUAACAGGGCUUUCGAUGGACAAUUGUGGGACAAAUUUCAUCACUGCAUUUCCAGAGAACAUCGCAUAUUAUUUUAAAAACCUUAACUAUCUCAAAAUCACUACCCUCUACCCGAACACUGACGUCAGCAUCAUCUAUGGAGGUGACGGCGUCAACAAUACUAGAAGCUUCAGCACUGCUGGCAUCACUUGGACCUUAAACUUAACAAAAGAUGUUGAAGAAUACCGGCUUACAUCAUCCAAUAAAUCCAUUAUAAUCCGCAGUAAUAACAACAUCACAGUGCUUUCCAUGACAGGAUGGCCAGGAAGGCUUCAGUCUAAAGUCGUCCAGCCUGAACAAAACCUCAGGACAGUGUAUACUAUCCCCACUCUGAAUUACACUGAGGUAAUAGGUGCAUUCGGCCUUUCAGUAUGCUUGGAGGCGAGGUACAGUUCGUUUAGGCUGCUCAUCAUCAACGCAGUAAACACAACUAAUACAGUCAGCAUUAAACAGGUAGUUACGGGAGGUCAGAUUCAGGUAUCUACGCAAACGCUUAAUCCGUACUUCCUUUACCAGCUGCAGACUAACGGUGAGGUUAUAGAAGUGAGUGGGACAGACAAAAUAGCUGUGAUAUUGACUCAUCCAUGCUUUGAGUCCAAAAACUGCUCCUGCAACAUGGUGAUGAACCAACUUCGCCCCGCAAUGCCGAACGGACCGUCUGACAGUUUUCCCUUAACCGUAAGCUUCACUGAAGUCAAGCAGCUCUUUCUGACAACAAACCAAAGCGUACAAGUCGCUGUAGGUGAUCUACAGUCUGGCAGUGGCAUUCAGGUGUCAUCUUCCACAGACAUCAUGUCCUUACUGAAUGGUGUCAGUAAUGGACCCCAAUUAGUUACAACAUCAAUGCCAGUUUCCCUCAGAUUAAUCAUCCCUGGAAACAUUUUAGACAUCAUUCCAGUAAGCAUGUUUUCUGGAUGCUUCUUGGUACAUUUUUAUUCCUCAAAUACUGGUGCCGUCAUCAUCGCAGAGACAUCCAGCACUGCUUCGGUGCAGAUAAAUGAUGCACCUUUGUCUGCAGCAACAUGGGAUGUAAUAAGUGGCACACAAUACUCCAUAACAACCAUUGGGACUGGAAAUACUCAACCUACAUCAGCCACCAUUUGGCAUCCCAACUCAAAAAUCGCUGUGUACAUGACAGAAGUGUGGAACUCUGGCAAAUACACAAGCCCGGCUAUAAUUAUAAACGAUGAACCAGAUCCUAAUGGCUGUUUGGUGACUCCUGGGAAAUUUGUGGUUGGCGACGAGGACCUGAAUUGGACGAUGUCCCGUGAGUACUGCAAAAGCAAUUCUAGUAACUUUGCUAAGAUCUUACUUAAACAGAACCAGGACAUGAUGGCCGCAAACAUAAUAGUCACAGAAACCACUGAAGGCUGGAUCAGUCUGCGCCGGAGCCUGUUUUCCACAGAAUGGUACUGGAGUAACAAUGACAACAUUACUACCCCACUAAACUUCACUUACUGGGCAGAUAAACAGCCUGAUCUACCCGAGAAAGGAUUGUGUGCUUCAGUGUCUAUGGACCCCGAGAAGACCUUCAUGUGGAAGAGUGCACCUUGUUGCUCUAUAAAGAAACCCAUCUGCUAUAAAACCCCUACAUAUCUCAUUCUCAAUCAAACCCCUGUAUAUUAAUUUAACAACAACAACAAAAACUGUGGGAGAAAGAAAUGCAAAAUACUAUAAGUCUAUUCAGUAGUUGCUUAGAUCAUCUGGCAUUGCCUUAUAAAAUAGAUGAAAAAUAAAACAGUGCUUAUAUUAGAUAUAACAUUAAUGUUAUAAGAAAUUAAUGUUGUAGCUAUAUAUUAUAACGUUAGUAAAAAAGGUACAAAAGUUGUCACUGGGACGAUACCUUUUUGAAAGGUCCUAAUAUAUAGGCUACCAUUUAGGUACAUAUGCCAGACUGAUUUCACAGAAAGUGGUGUUAUAGUCACGAAAAAUUUGAUUAAUUUAUUCGUGUCCAUGGCACAGAAUUCAGCUUUUUUUGUGCCUUGAGCACGAAUGUCUAUUAUGUGUCACUCGCACCAAUUUCUAUAAAUAGUUUUUUUGUGUCUGUUGCAUGAUUUCAUUUUAUUUAUAGUUUUCUCGUUGUUUUUUCCCCCUAUUUUCUUACCACUGUUGCUUGGGAUUGAGGUUAGAAUCACUGUUACAUUUUUAGACAUCCUAACCCAAACCCCAAAUCUAACCCCAACCCCAAGCGACAAUGAUUUAAAGCAACGCUAUGUAGUUUCCAUGUAAAAAUGACUUACAGCUCCCCCAUGUGGUUGAAAAGCGCAACAGUGCCUGGUAUCAGACACUCUUCUGCAGGCAGGGUGAGGGGCGGGGCUGUGUUUCCUACCCUCCACCGCCACUUUCAGAGUGUGCUUGUAGCAGCUAGGAGGCUGCUCAGGUUGCAGCAACAGUACAAUUUGUCCAGUUAAAAGUUGUUCUAUCACUGAAAUAAUUUUAGAGACAUUAUUUAAAGGUAAAAAACUACAUAGUGUUGCUUUAAAAAUAGGAAAAAAUUUGAAAACAAUACAUGAA